AUGGGAGACGAGAUGGAUGCGAUGAUUCCUGAACGGGAGAUGAAGGAUUUUCGGUUCAGAGCACUGAAGAAAGUGAGACUCUUUGAGACCCCUGAGGAGUUGCCCAAGGAACGCUCAAGUUUGCUUGCUGUGUCCAACAAAUACGGUCUGGUCUUUGCUGGUGGAACCACUGGAUUGCAAAUUUUUCCUACAAAAAAUCUUCUAAUUCAAAAUAAACCUGGGGAUGAUCCUAAAGUUGUUGAUAAAGUCCAAAGCUUGAUUGUGCCUAUGAAAUUCCCUGUACAUCACCUGUCCCUGAGCUGUGAUAACCUCACACUCUCUGUGUGUAUGAUGUCAAGUGAAUAUGGUUCCAUUAUUGCUUUUUUCGAUGUCCGAACAUUCUCAAAUGAGGCUAAACAGCAGAAACGCCCAUUUGCUUACCACAAGCUUUUAAAAGAUGCAGGAGGCAUGGUGAUCGAUAUGAAAUGGAACCCCACUGUUCCCUCCAUGGUGGCAGUUUGUCUAGCUGAUGGCAGUUUAUCUGUCCUACAAGUCACAGAAACAGUGAAAGUGUGUGCAACUCUUCCUUCCACAGUCGCAGUAACAUCUGUGUGCUGGAGCCCCAAAGGCAAGCAGCUGGCAGUGGGAAAGCAGAAUGGAACUGUGGUCCAGUAUCUUCCUACUUUGCAAGAAAAGAAAGUCAUUCCUUGUCCUCCAUUUUAUGAGGCAGAUCAUCCAGUUAGAGUUCUGGAUGUGCUGUGGAUCGGCACAUAUGUCUUCACAAUAGUAUAUGCUGCUGCAGAUGGGACUUUGGAAACAGCUCCAGAUGUUGUGAUGGCUCUUCUACCUAAAAAAGAAGAAAAGCACCCAGAAGUGUUUGUGAACUUCAUGGAACCCUGCUAUGGCAGUUGCAUAGAGAGACAGCAUCAUUACUUCCUCAGUUACAUUGAAGAAUGGGAUUUAGUACUUGCAGCAUCUGCAGCUUCUACAGAAGUUGGUAUCCUUGCUCGACAAAAUGAUCAGAUUAACUGGGAGUCUUGGCUUUUGGAGGAUUCUAGUAGAGCUGAACUACCUGUGACAGAAAAAAAUGAUGACUCCUUGCCUGUGGGAGUUGCCAUAGAUUAUACUAACCAAAUGGAAAUCACAGUUAAUGAUGAAAAGACUCUUCCUCCUGCCCCAGUUCUUAUGUUACUUUCAACUGAUGGUGUGCUUUGCCCAUUUUAUAUGAUCAAUCAAAAUCCUGGCAUUAGAUCCCUUAUCAAGUCACCAGAAGAGCUCUCAUUAGAAGGGGAGCGACAACCCAAGUCGUCAGGAAGUACUCCCACCACCCCAACCUUCCCUCCGGCCCCUCAAAAAUUUGAUACCACAGCAGCUGGACCUCCUGCUCCUGCUCCUGCUCCAUUUGUGUUGCCCACGUUUCCCACCGCUACUGUCUCUUUGUCAGCUGUUGGUGGAAGCCCUGCCAUGUUCUCCUUUAGUUCAUCCUUAAAGUCAUCUGGUUCUGUCCCUGGGGAACCCCCUUCAUAUUCUGUUGCAUCAGACAGUUCCAAACCAACCCUGGGCUCUGCUUCAAACUUUUCUUUUGCUCCUCCUUCGAAAACUUCAGUCGCCCCCUCCCCUAUGCCAUCUACUGUGUCACCGUCAUUUUCCUUUGCGUCAGUGGGUUUUAAACCCACCCUGGAGAGCACACCAGUGUAUACACCAAAUGCCGGAAUGAAAUCCUUCCCAUCUUCAGCGUCUGCAGUCAAAAUCAACCUUAGUGAAAAGUUUACCGCCGUAACUACCUCUGCUCCUGUUACCAGCUCACAGAGCGCACCCUCAGUGCUGCCGUUUGCUCCUGCCCCCAAGAUGGGUUCACCUGGGUCCCUCAGCCACCCCACAUCUCCCUCCGGACCACCGAGUUCCAUGGCAUUAAAGUCCUCAGUCUCUUCUCCAUUAGCAGGACGGUCUGCUCAGGGCAGUUCAAGUCCAGCAUCCUCAAUGACUCAGAAGUCAGCCAGGAUUGCCCCUCCGGUGACAAAGUCUGGGUCUUCCCAGGUGAAACCACUUCAGUCUCCAGUUUCAGAAAAGCAGGGACAUCAGUGGAAAGAAUCGGAUCCUUUGAUGGCUGGAAUCGGGGAAGAGAUUGCACACUUUCAGAAGGAGCUGGAAGAGCUUAAAGCCCGCUCUUCCAAGGCCACUUCCCAAGUUGGCACAUAUGAGGAGAUGAAGACACUUCGAACAGAAUCAGAUGACUUGCACACCUUUCUUUUGGAGAUUAAAGAGACUACUGAGUCUCUUCAUGGAGAUAUAAGUAGCCUAAAAACAACUUUACUUGAAGGCUUUGCUGGUGUUGAAGAAGCCAGAGAACAAAAUGAAAGGAAUCGUGACUCUGGAUAUCUACAUUUACUUUAUAAGAGACCAUUGGAUCCAAAGAGUGAAGCUCAACUCCAGGAAAUUCGACGUCUUCAUCAGUAUGUCAAAUUUGCUGUCCAAGAUGUGAAUGAUGUUCUAGACUUGGAGUGGGACCGGCAUCUGGAACAAAAGAAAAAACAAAAACGCUUGCUUGUACCAGAGCGAGAGACACUUUUUAACACCCUAGCCAACAACCGGGAAAUCAUUAACCAGCAAAGGAAGAGGUUGAAUCAGCUAGUGGACAGUCUCCAGCAACUCCGUCUUUAUAAUCAGACCUCCCAGUGGAGUCUCCCGUCAGCUGCUCCUCCUGAGAAUAGCACUUACAGUUUUGACAGUGAGCUUGAAAGCCUUCGCAAUGCUUUGUUGAAAACCACCAUAGAAUCUCACACUAAACCCUUGCCCAAAAUACCAGCUAAAUUGUCCCCAGCAAAACAGGCACAAUUGAGAAACUUCCUGGCCAAGAGAAAGACUCCACCAGUAAGAUCCACUGCUCCAGCCAGCCUCUCUCGAUCAGCCUUCUUGUCUCAGCGAUAUUAUGAAGACUUGGAUGAACUCAGCUCAACAUCAUCCAUUUCCCAAUCUUUGGAAAGUGAAGAUGCCCGAGUAUCAUGUAAAAAUGAAGAUGUGGGGGACCAAGUCCCUAGGCACGCCCCCGUGGCUCGCACAUCGUCUGUCCAACUCAAUACCUUGCCCCAUACAACUCUUUUUGGUAAAUCUCAGCUGAGUCAUGGUUCUUCCCCUGGCGUGAUAGGAACUUCAAUGUCUACAUCUGCUAACAAAAUUAUCCCUCAAGGGGCUGACAGCACAAUGCUUGCAACCAAAACCGUGAAGCAUGGUGCGCCGAGUUCUUCCCACACCAUCCCAGCUCCUCAGGCAGCUGCAGCAGCAGCUCUGAGACGGCAGAUGGCCAGUCAGGCACCAGCUGUAAACACCUUGACUGAAUCCACUUUGAAGAAUGUUCCUCAAGUGGUAAAUGUGCAGGAAUUGAAGAAUAAUCCUACAGCUCCCCCUGCAGUGAUGGGUUCUUCAGUGCCACACUCUGUAGCCAAAACGCCGCAUCUGGUGUUGAACCCAAUGACUUCUAACCAGCCCAAGCAGGGGGCACUAAUAAAUUCCCUAAAGUCUUCUACACCCACACCAGCAUCCAGUCCAUUAUCAUCUGGUGACAAAGCUUCAGGGGCAGCCAGGAUGGAAACAGCUGUGACAUCUACCCCGUCUGCUGUUGGACAGUUCAACAAGCCUUUUUCAUUUUCUUCAUCAGGGACUGGCUUUAAUUUUGGAGUGCUCCCAUCAACACCAGCUUCUAAUUUUACUGGUGCCCAAGGAGCAGCUCCUCCCAAUAAAGAGUCGAACCUAACCGACACAUUGUCGUUUGGUGGGGUGAGCAAACCUUUUCAUGAGAGCACCCUGGAGAGUGCACCUCCUCCAGGAAGUACCUCAGCCUCAAACGCCACUGGAACUGCUGCUGUUCCAUCAGGAGAGUUUGUUGCGUCCAACAGCAGGCUUGGGACACCUCCAGUAGCUGUUCCUUCCACAGCCUCUGAAAAGCUGGAAAUUCUGCCAUCUAAGUUGGGAGAGGCUCUGCUACCCAAUUCUCUGCCUGGAGAGACUCUUGGAAGCUUCUCCGGACUGCGGGUUGGCCAGGCAGAUGAACCUGCAAAGAUAGCCAAUAAAGCUUCCUCCAUGAGCUUGGCUAGCGCACAGUCAGCCAAGACACCAAGUGCAUCUCCAGGGCUUGGUUUUAUUAGCCCUCCAGUGUUGGGGAAGCAUGUAGAGCCCCCUGUGAGCUCCUCCGCAACCCCUACUGCAGGAGCACCCCCAGCAGCUGCCAGCACAGGCACUAGCAGUGCCUCAGCCAGCAUUUUUGGCAGCCUGCCACUGACGAGUGCAGGGCCCUCUGGGAUGGUCAGUUUUGGUGGGUCAUCUUUAAGUGGCAGCAAGACUAAUUUUUCAUUUGGAACCCAGCCGACCAGUAGUGCUGUGACCCCACCUGCCCCACCAUCAGCUACGACUGCCACUGCCUUGCCCCCAUCAUUCCCCACAUUGUCACAUGUUAACCUCCUGAGUCCAGCUUCCACUCCCACUCAGCCAGUGUUGUAUGGGAAAGGUACAGAGCAGGGCCCAUCCUUGCCUUUGCCUGAGAAGUCAGGCAGCAGUGAGAUAGUUGCAUCAACAUCCUCCCUUCCAGGGCAUCAGCAGCUCUCCCAGCUUUCCCUGGCUCCUCCUCAGACUCCUGACUCUAAUAAAGAGUCUGCCGUGGUCCAGCCUACUGUUAGCAGCUCCACCCCUAUGGCACUGAGUACUAGUCUGAUAGUACCUUCGACAGAGGCCAGUCCAGCAGCCACCGGGCUCCCCGAUGUGAAGACAGAGGCAGUAUCUCCGGCUGCCACAUUUUCAGCACCUGGGCAGACUGCUGUCACAGCAGCUACCCUGCCAAGCGCAGUCCUUGUGUCUGCAGAAACAACAAGUACCCUCACCACCUCCAGCUCAAUAUCCAGCAUUGCUCCAAGCCCAGCCACAGAGACACCAGUGUUUGGGACUGUCACUUCCAGCUCAUCUGUCUUUACUCAGCCACCUGCUGCCAGUUCUAGCUCAGCUUUCAGCCAGCUCACCAACAACACAGCCACUGCCCCCUCCACGACCCCCAUGUUUGGGCAGGUGGCGGCUAGCACUGCACCAAGCUUGUUUGGACAGCAGACAGGAAACAUAGCCAGCACAGCAGCAUCCACACUGCCAGUCAGCAGCUCAGGGUUUGGCAGUCCAGCUUUUGGCACCUCUGCAGCAGGGGUUUUUGGACAGGCGACCUUUGGGCAGGCCCCUGUCUUUGGGCAGCCUACAAGCAGCUCUGCGAGCGGCUUCUCAUUCAGUCAGUCUGGGUUCAGUUCUGUGCCUGCUUUUGGUCAAUCCAUUUCCUCCACUCCUACAUCUAACAGUGGGAAUGUCUUUGGCCCCUCUUCAAGCACCAGUAGCUCCAGCUCCUUCUCAUUUGGACAGUCUUCUGCCAACGCAGGAGGAGGAGGAGGACUGUUUGGCCAAAGUAACCCUCCUGCCUUUGGUCAGAGCCCAGGCUUUGGACAGGGAGGCUCUGUGUUUGGUAGCACCUCAGCCACCACCACCACAGCAGCAUCCUCUGGCUUUAGCUUUUGUCAAGCUUCAGGUUUUGGAUCAGGCAAUACUGGUUCUGUGUUUGGUCAAGCAGCCAGUACUGGUGGAACAGUCUUUGGUCAGCAGUCAUCUUCAUCCAGUGGUGUUGUGUUUGGGUCUGGAAAUACUGGCAGAGGGGGAGGUUUCUUCAGUGGCCUUGGAGGGAAACCCAGCCAGGAUGCAGCCAACAAAAACCCAUUCAGCUCAGCCAGCGGGGGCUUUGGAUCUACUGCCACCCAAAAUACCUCUAACCUAUUUGGAAACAGUGGAGCCAAAACAUUUGGUGGAUUUACCAGUUCAUCAUUUGGAGAACAGAAACCAGCUGGUACUUUCAGCUCCGGAGGAGGGAGUGUGGCAUCCCAAGGUUUUGGGUUUUCUACUGCAAAUAAAGCAGGUGGCUUCGGUGCUGCUCCAGUGUUUGGCAGCCCUCCUACUUUUGGGGGUUCCCCUGGGUUUGGAGGGGUGCCAGCAUUCGGUUCAGCCCCAGCCUUUACAAGCCCUCUGGGCUCGACGGGAGGCAAAGUGUUCGGAGAGGGUACUGCCGCUGCCAGCGCAGGAGGAUUCGGAUUUGGGAGCAGCAGCAACACCACGUCCUUUGGCACUCUCGCCAGUCAAAAUGCACCCACUUUCGGGUCCCUGUCCCAGCAAACUCCUGGUUUUGGGGCUCAGAGUGGUGGCUUCUCCGGGUUUGGAUCCAGUGGAGGAGGAUUCAGCUUUGGAUCAUCUAACUCGUCUGUCCGAGGGUUUGGGGGAUGGAGAAGCUGA